GGUGGAACCUUGUUAGUUGGAUCAUGUUUAACUACUCCUCUCUUUAAAAUGGUCAAAUAAUGUAAAUAUGUAAUGGCCGCCUCGUGUUGUUUUUGCUUACAAGUGAUAAUUAUUUUUCAUUGAAUAUCAAAUUACUAUUGUGAAGAAAUUAUUCUUCAAGUGAAGUUUACAAUACGUGAGAACGUGGCAAUUUAUUGUGUCGUGAAUGAUACAAUUUUUUCAAAUUUAUUGUUGAUGAAAUUUAAUGAAACGUGCUCGGCAUAAGGGGGGAAAAAAUGUAAAAAAAUACUUUUUUGACACUUGCAUUGUGCACAUUUUUUUAUAGGACUUACAUAAUGGACACAAGUCAUGAUUAUAUAUUAAUGCGAGAAAACAAGAGCAAGAGUUGAAUUGAGGUUGGAAAAAUGGAACACCCAUUCCUAGAAUUGUUUACCAACGGUUUGUGAGUCAUAAAUGUUAUUUGUUCAACGUGGAUUGGUAAUUGGAUUUUAAUUCUUCGUGGAAAAAAAAAGAAUAACAAGGCCCUCAUCAUGGUUCAUACACCAAGUGCAUAUACUUAUAAUUUUUGGACAAAGACCCCAACAGAAGUUGUUGAACUCACAUGUCUUAUGCCAAAUGGAGUUCUCAUACCAUUGGAAACAAAUCGGAACACAACACUUGCCGAAAUCAAAGAGGACUUAUGGGACGAAGCAAGCAAAUAUCCUCUACAUGGAACAUUAAGAGAUGCACCGUCAUACGUCUUCUCGUGUAUUAAUGCAAAUGCCGAGGCAGAAGAAUUACGAGAUGAAUCGAGACGACUGUGUGAUAUAAAGCCAUUUUGUUCAGUGUUAAAAGUAAUUGAACGUGAGGAAGUGAAAGGAGAUAGAAAUUUAGAUUCACAAAUUGGUCUUCUCAUUGGAAAAGGAUUGCAUGAAUUUGCAGCCUUGAAGAAUUCUGAGGUGAAUGACUUUAGAUGGAAAAUGAGGGUCCUCGGUGAUGAAAUUGCACUUGGCCGACAAAAGAAAUCAUGGAUUGAAAAAGUACAACAUCAAUAUCCAUUGAGGCUAGCGAAUAGUCCAAUUUUACCGAAACACAUUGAAUCAAGACUUCCCGAUGGCAAUAUUGUGUUACUGACGAAAUUCGAAAAUACCGAGACGUCAUUUUCGUUUCAAAUAACACAUUCGACAACGCCACAUCAAUUGCUUGUGCAAAUUUUAAAUAAACGAGCAAACACAUUGAUGUCCCGAGGAGAGAGACCUGGUGACUUUAUUCUCAAAGUUUGUGGACAAGAGGAAUAUUUAAUUGGCGAAUAUCCUGUGCUGCAAUUUAUUUAUAUUCAAGAAUCAUUGUCAAGGGAUAUGACGCCAACUCUUUUGGUUCUCAAUAGGGAAAAAGUGAUUCUUGCUAAUGAAAAUGCAUUUGAUAAUCCCGAGGUAGAUACUCUUAAGCGUACAAGACCAUCUUCAUCGACAUUGACAUUGCGUAGAAAAGGCAAACUCAUAUCAGUUUGGAAAAUUGAGGAUCAAUUUUCAUUUACCGUCAAUGGCAUAUGUAGACUUAAUUGUGACGCAGCACAUCGAACAGUUGAGAUUGGCCUACAAGCGGGUCUCUUUCACGGUGGUAAAUCGUUGUGCGAGAGUCGAAAAACCAAAGAAACUGUUGUCAAUUUAGAUGGGAGUUGCGAAUGGGAGGAAACGCUCAAAUUUGAUAUUAAAGUACGUGACAUACCUCGAAUGGCGAGGCUUUGUUUUGUACUUUAUGAAAUCAGCAAGACUGCAAAAGGACUGAAAAGCCGAAGACUAAUGAAAGACUCAAAGCAAGAGUAUUUUAUCAAUCCUCUAUGCUGGACAAAUACAACAAUUUAUGACUUUAAAAGUCAGUUGAAAACUGGCGCAAUGACACUUUAUACAUGGACUUAUGCUGAGGAUAUGCAGAAUGAAGAUUUGCUUCAUCCACUUGGAACUGUUGUGUCAAAUCCUCAUAUUGAUCGUGCUGCCGCUUUAAUGUUAACCUUUCCCAAUUAUGGAAAAGAUAAAUCCGUUUUGUAUCCAUCGCCCGAUAAAAUGGUGGAGUAUGCAGCGAAAUUGCAAGAAUCUUCAAAUGAAUCGAUAGAAGAGGAACCGAGUCAAGAAACUGAUGCUAAUACUCAGCAACAGUUGGAGCAUAUGAGAACGUUAGUUGACAGAGAUCCUUUACAUGAGCUUCAUGAACAGGAGAGGAAGACUAUGUGGUGUUUAAGACGUCAUUGUCUUCGUCAAAUACCAUCACUAUUGGCAAAACUUCUUCACUGUGUCGAAUGGAACGAUCACAGGGAGGUUGCAGAAGCCACGGCAUUAAUUCAACAAUGGCCAAAAUUACCCGUGGAACGAGCUCUCGAAUUAUUGGAUUACGCUUACGCUGAUCAAAAUGUUCGAAGUUUUGCCGUACGAUGUUUACAUGAUGUUAGCGACGAGGAUCUCAGUUUAUUUCUACUUCAACUUGUUCAAGCAUUGAAACAUGAAAAUUAUUUGUCAUGCGAAUUGACGGAAUUUCUACUCAGGAGGGCACUUAAUAAUCAAAGAAUUGGACAUUAUUUGUUUUGGCAUCUACGAUCGGAGAUGCAAGUUGGCGCUGUUUCGGUUAGAUUUGGUUUAAUUUUGGAAGCUUAUUGCCGUGGAAGUCAACAACAUAUGCGAGCACUAUUCAAACAAAUGGAAUGUCUAGAUAAAUUAAAAACAAGUAUGGAACAAAUGAAAUUGCGAGGAAAGGAUCGUAAGGCCGUUUUACAAGCUUUUCAAGAUUUUAUUCAAGAGCCCCAUUGUCAAGAUACACUAUUGAAUGUUCUCAAUCCAUUGGAUCCUGUCUUCAAAUGGAAUCGAAUCAAAAUCGAAAAGUGCCGAGUAAUGGACAGUAAGAGACGACCACUUUGGCUCGUUUUUGAAAAUAUCGAUCCUUUUGGCGAUGAUAUUUAUUUGAUUUUAAAAUACGGCGAUGAUUUACGACAAGAUAUGUUGACAUUGCAAAUGCUUCGAAUUAUGGAUAAAUUAUGGAAGAGAGAAGGAUUAGAUUUACGUAUGAAUCCUUAUGGUUGUAUUUCAACUGAAAAUCGAAUGGGUUUAAUUGAAGUUGUUCAUAAUGCGGAAACAAUUGCUAAUAUACAAAAAGUUAAAGGCAUUUUUUCAGCUACUGCCGCCUUUAAGAGAGGAUCGCUUUUAGCAUGGUUGAAGGAUCACAAUCAAUCCGAGACGGAAUUAAAUAAAGCAAUUGAAGAAUUUACAUUGAGCUGUGCGGGCUAUUGUGUCGCGACUUAUGUCCUUGGUAUUGCUGAUCGACAUUCGGACAAUAUUAUGGUGAAAAAAACGGGACAAUUAUUUCACGUGGACUUUGGUCAUAUUCUUGGACAUUUUAAAGAGAAAUUUGGAUUUCGACGUGAACGUGUUCCUUUCGUAUUAACGAAUGAUUUUGUUCAUGUGAUUAAUAAAGGACAAACAAAAAAAGGUGGACAAGCCGUUGAAUUUCAACGUUUUCAAAAUUAUUGCGAGCAAGCAUUUCUCGUUUUAAGACGUCAUGGUGGUUUGAUACUUUCCCUUUUUGCAAUGAUGAUCUCCACUGGCCUACCAGAACUCUCAUCGGAAAAAGAUCUCAAUUAUUUGAGAGAUACUCUCGUUCUCGAGAUGUCGGAAAGUGAGGCACAAUUGCAUUUUAGAAGUAAAUUUGACGAAGCUCUUUGCAAUUCGUGGAAAACUUCGCUCAAUUGGGCCUCGCACAACAUGUCAAAGAAUAACAAGACGACGUAAUUUAUGUUCGUUCCUGUCCGGUAAGACUGUCUCGUUUUUAAUCGUUAUUAAUAGAUAAUUCUUUUGAAACGAGAAUUAUUCAUUUCAUGAGUAUUUUUUGCAAUUUAUGAUUUAUUAUUCUAUAUAUAUAUUGUUUCAACGUAAUAGAGAAAAAAAAGAAAAUUCGAAAAGUUCUGAAAAAAAAUAAAGAUAAAAGAGUAAUCGUUAAAUUUUUUUGCUGGACAAAUGUCUUUGGGCUCUUUAAAAAAAAAAAUCUUUAAUUAACUUUUGGACACUUAUUUGAAUUUGUUUCUAGCAUUGUGAUAAUUUUAAAAGCAAUAUUAACUUGGCUAGAACGCAUCUUCUUUUUUUUCCCCGUGGACUUAUUUAGUGACUAUAAUUAUGUAGAUAAAUGUGUUCGAUCUUUUUUUUUUUCUGGAAAAUAUCGAUUUCUACAAUUAAAUGAGAAAAUCGUUUAAGGUCGCGCUAAUUAUUUCCCUCUUUUCUCGAGAAAGUUUAGACUAUUUGUCUGUUUGUCGAUGCAAAUCAAUUCAUUAAUGCGAAUUAUUAGAUUAAUUAAUUUGAAAAAAACAAUAAUUUUCUUCAAUAUUAAAAAUAAGAAAAGUUAAAAGUUAAUAUUUAAAAAGAAAUGUAAAAUUUUUUCAAAUUCGCAUCACUCGAAUUUGUUUUUGUUGUAGCGAACAGAAAUUUAUACUGUGAAUUUCGUCGACUGAUAUUGAAUGGGUGGAAAGAAUGAGGAUUAGUAAAUUUAGAUUGUAAAUAAAUAAGAAUAAUUCGUCGUAAGUCUGUUCGUGCUGCGAUAUGAUUAGUAUGAAUGACGAUUGAUAGGAAAUGAACCAAUUUCAAUAAAAAAGAAAACAAAAAUAAAAUAAAAUAAAAUAAAAAAAAAACGUAAGGAAAAAUCAACGUUUUUCUAUAAACUUCAUUCGAAUUGUGAAGUUAUUAAUUUUUACAAAGGAAUUCAUGUAAAAUCUGUGAUAAAAAAAACUACAACAGAAAGAAAUUUAAUAUAAUUUUUUUUUUUUUUUGCACUUGAAACAAUUUAUUUGACUUUUGGUUCAGUUCCGCUAUAAUUGUUUCAUUGCCCAGAUUAGUCGUUUUGCUGGGUUUUUUCAAAACUCUAGGCAAAAGUAUUAAGAUUUACAUUCUAUGAAAAGUAUUCUAUUAAAAAUUAAGAAUAUUCGACUCAUUGAUGUGAUAUAAAAUAAUUAUUUUCAAUGAGGAAAUAAAAUUUAAAAUAUUUUGCUCUAAAUUUAUAAAAAUAUAAAAAAAAACUAAAUUUAUCAUUACGUAGUAAAUGAAGUAACUUUUUUUAAUUUUAUAGUUUUAUAAACUUUGGUUGUUUUUUUGGUAAUUUGUCAUCAAUGGGUUGAAAAUACUUAAAGCUAGUUCGACUUGACUGGAUAGCUGAGAAAAAUUAUUUAAAUUUUCUCGUAUAGCUUUUCGCAAGUAUUUAAAAAAUUUGUUUCCGUUUUGGAAUCAAAAUUUUGGGUGAUUUUUGACAUAGUUGACUAGCACAGUUUUCAAACAAAUAUAUAUAUAUAUAAUAAAUAAAAAUUCAAGAAAUGAGUUUUGAAUGUUUGGAUAAAAAUAUGUUACAUAAUUAAUGGAAUUUAAAUUUAAUUAAACAAUUUAAAUUACAUAUUAAUUCAAUAAUUAAAAUUGUUUAUUAAUUAAUGAUUAUCUUAAUUAAUUGUCCAAACUUUUCGAAACACAUUUUUGCUUGAAUGAUAUAAAAAAAGGUGAUAAUUAGAAAAAAUUUAACUUAAAGUCGUAUAUUCUACUCAAUCGGACAGUACUGGUCUUUAUAGUGCUGUAAAAAAAAUUUUCAUUUCUCAACAUUGUUUCUAAGAUUUCGCAAAGUUCUCUUAGAUAAUAAAACAAUUCUCAAGGUUUUCUUUUCAUUAUUUGGAAGUUUGGAACUUUCAAAUAGAAAAAGUUGGAUUAAUAACAAUAAUGAAAAAUUGUACAUUAAAAAUAUUAAUUUAAGAAUCAAAUCAUUUUCAAGUUUUGAAUAAAUUUCUUCAUUAUUACAAAUAAUAUUUUUCAGUAUAAAGAAGUAAUUAAUUUUAAAGAAGAAAUUUAAUUUUAAACACAAUCUUGCAAAUAUUUACAGCGACAACUUUUUAAUCCACUUUUUCUCAUUAAUAAAGUAACUUGAAAAUUUGUAUAGCACUAAAAAUAUGCAAUUUAAAGUAGAAAAUUUUUUUUCUAAUCUUAGGAUUAAUUUCUUUUUUAGUUCGAGAUUAGUUCAAAUUGAUUAUUUCUCUUUUUUUUCUUGUGAGGCCUAAAUAAUUAGAAAUCGGAAAAUAAUUUCAUUUUUGAUUUCAUAUUGAAAAGCGCUAUUUAAAAUUUUCAGUGUUUAAAAAAAAUAUCGUAUUGUGAAGUGUAAGAAUGAUAUGACUUGUGGUAACUGAUUUUUUUUUUUUUAAAUAAUUAAUUUUCGUUAUAAUUUUAAUAAUAUUGUAAAUACCUUCAAACAUAUUCAAAAUACCAAACUCAUUGUAUGUCUGCGCUAUUUAUAAAUUCACUGUACGAAGUAACGAACAAAAUAAAAGCGUAAUAUGUAAUAUACA